UCGUCUUUCCAUCGCUUUUCAUCACCUACUUGAUCUACUAACCGCCCAUUCGAAGUAUACCACAAUGGCCCCUGCCCCCCAAGCGUAAGUAACCACACCAAUCAAAGCGCUACUAAGCUGAAACACAGGCAAGAGAGAUGAUGGCGACGUCGGCGACAAGACCAACCACACAUUGGACGAGCUACUCGCUCUUGACAAGACAGAACUUGCCCAGCUCGCCUUGUCUCUCCAGACCAAGCUUGAAUAAGCCUUGGCCCCUCCUCCCACUGCUGCUGAGGUCGCCAGCGCCGCCGGCUGGAGCGAUGAAAAGAUCAAGGCCGCUGCCGAAAGGACACGUGAUAUUUGUUCAGCUGGUAUUCGCAAGCAGAUGAAGUGGCAGCCUUCUUGCAAGAAAGGGUCAGCCAAGUGGGCCUAUGAGGGCAGUGUAGCACACCCAGACGUAUUCUACACCGCGUUCGCGCUUGAGAAACCGGAGGGCAAGAAGAAGGCUUGGAAGCUGAAGACUUUGACUGUGUCCGAGCUUGAAAACUUUACCGGCCCCAUUGAAGCUUCUAUUAGAUAUGGCAGCUUGCAGCUCACGGGCGGGACCGUGAGAGUCAAUUGGAACGCGGAUGACUUGACUUACAAGCUGGCGGGUUCCUAUGGGCUUUAGAGUACGAUUGUAGAGUUGUAUAGGUAGUUGCUGGUCAUGGAAAAGACAUGUGCAAUCUUGAAGUCAUUAUGGUCCAUGAGAUUCCAAUGCACUCUG